AUGGUGGACAUUGAUCCAUCUAAUACUCAAGCUUUGAUUGAUGAGAUAUUCAAGUUGCGCACUGAGUUAAUGGAGUACAGGAGCAACUAUAAGUAUAAAUUUCUCCUUGAAGAAGUGGAAUGGCUCAGAGAUAUCAUUAGAGAUGGUUUCAAGAAUCAAGCCAAACUGAGAGCUAGGAUCAAUGAGCUCAGUGACAAAAUCAUUAUUUCUAAUCACUCCAUUGCUUGUUCUAAAAUGGAGAAUUCUAAGGUUGAUAAAGAGCAUAGCUUACCAACUAAUGGUGUCAUCGAACUACCACAAGAAAUCAGUGCUAUAGGACUCUCCCAUCUCAAGUCUAAUUUGCUUGGUUAUUUUAUACACAAAGCUCUCCCAUUUGGUAUGGUCAAAGAUCUGGCAAAUACUUUGUGGGCAGACAAGGGAUUGCUUAAGGUUACCAACUCAGAGAAAGGGUUGUACGAGUUCCAUUUUUCCACCACAGAACAGUGUACCAUCAUACUUGAAGAGGGGCCUUGGUUUUUCACCAACAAGCAUAUUGUUCUCAACCAUUGGAAACCUGAUUUCCAAAGAGCAAUGCAUGUAACCAUACUGGUGUGGAUCAAACUUUUUGGGCUACCAUUAAACUUUUGGACCAAACCAGGGCUCAGCCACAUUUCCAGCUUCAUUGGUGUUCCUCUUUUUGCUGACCCUAUCACUGAAAAGAAGCAAAAAACUCAAUUUGCCAAGGUUUGUGUUGAGAUUGAUGCUUCGUUUGAUUUCCCCUCUGUCCUCAAGCUACACCAAAGCUCCGGGAAUAUUACAAACGUAAUUGUGGACUAUCAAUACAAGCCUGUGGUUUGCUAUGUAUAUAAGUGCUUUGGCCACUCUGCUAGAACCUGCCAUUCAUCAACCCCUCCCUUAAAGAACCUUCAACCUUCAUCAGAAUGGAAAGUCAUACCUUUUAAGAGUCCUCACAAGAACACUUAA